AUGCAUCUAACCCCCUUAAUUAUAUCCUCAAGCAUGAUUCUUAUUUUUGUUAUCCUCGUGUAUCCGACUCUCACAACACUAAGCCCCAAGCCAACCAGCCCUAGCUGGCCCCUCUCAAUAGCCAAAAACUCCGUCAUGAUCUCUUUUUUUGUUAGCCUUGUCCCCCUGGUAUUAUUCAUAAACGAAGGGGCUGAGGCCAUCAUUACAAACUUCUCAUGAAUCAAUAUCCACUCAUUUAAUAUCAGCCUAAGUUUCAACUUUGACCUCUAUUCUACCGUAUUUGUCCCCAUCGCACUCUACGUAACAUGGUCAAUCCUAGAGUUUGCAUCAUGAUACAUGCACUCAGAUCCUAAUAUCUCACGCUUUUUUAAGUAUCUCCUGAUCUUUCUCACCGCAAUACUGGUCCUCGUUACUGCAAAUAACAUAUUUCAACUGUUCAUUGGAUGAGAAGGUGUCGGUAUCAUAUCCUUCCUUCUCAUCGGGUGAUGAUACGGCCGGGCAGAUGCAAACACCGCAGCCCUCCAAGCCGUCCUGUAUAACCGUGUAGGUGAUAUCGGACUGAUCCUUGCAAUGGCUUGACUAGCCACUACUCUGAACUCCUGGGAACUUCAGCAAGUCUUUAUAGCCUCAAAAGACAUAGACCUUACCCUUCCCCUCAUUGGAUUAAUUUUAGCUGCCACUGGGAAGUCUGCCCAAUUUGGCCUCCACCCUUGACUUCCCUCGGCCAUAGAAGGCCCCACCCCUGUAUCAGCCCUACUGCACUCUAGUACAAUAGUUGUUGCUGGAAUCUUUCUACUAAUCCGCCUGAGCCCCCUAAUAGAUAAUAAUUACACCGCCCAAACCACCUGCCUAUGCCUGGGUGCCCUAACCACUCUUUUUACAGCAACCUGCGCACUUACUCAGAAUGACAUCAAGAAAAUCGUUGCCUUUUCCACUUCAAGCCAACUCGGCCUAAUAAUAGUCACUAUCGGCCUAAACCAACCUCAGUUGGCCUUCUUGCAUAUUUGCACCCACGCCUUCUUUAAAGCUAUGCUUUUCCUCUGCUCAGGCUCUAUUAUCCAUUGUCUUAAUGAUGAACAGGACAUCCGAAAAAUAGGCGGAAUAAAUAACCUUGCCCCAACAACAGCCUCAGCCUUAACAAUCGGUAGUCUAGCCUUAACAGGAACCCCCUUUUUGGCCGGAUUUUUUUCCAAAGACGCAAUCAUCGAAGCCCUGAACACAUCCCACUUAAACGCCUGAGCCCUCAUUCUCACCCUCUUGGCUACCUCUUUCACGGCGGUCUAUAGUCUCCGAGUCGUCUUUUUCGUAUGCAUAGGCAACCCCCGGUUUAACGCCUACACCCCCAUUAAUGAAAAUGACCCCCACACUGUUAAUCCCAUCAAACGACUUGCGUGAGGCAGUAUCCUUGCAGGACUAAUUAUUACGUCUAACAUUCUUCCAAUAAAAACGCCCGUCAUGACCAUGCCCCCUCUACUUAAGCUAGCAGCCCUGGCAGUGUCCAUCCUCGGUCUCUUAACUGCCCUAGAACUCGCCUCCUUAACUAACAAACAAUUUAAACCAACCCCCUUUAUUACUACCCAUCACUUCUCAAACAUACUAGGAUACUUCCCGACUCUUGUCCACCGCCUAAACCCUAAAAUCUCUCUCUCUCUUGGCCAGUUCGUAGCCACACAGAUAGUGGACCAAACUUGAAUGGAGAAGACUGGCCCCAAAGCAAUCUCAGAAAUCAACAACCCUAUUAUCUCAACAGUAAGUAACAUUCAACAGGGAAUGAUUAAAACCUACCUGUCCCUCUUCUUCUUCACACUAGCAAUCUCCACAGUUGCAUUUGCCCUCUAG